UCCCGGGAUCAUUUACGGACCGGGAUCAUUUGCGGCCUGACAGAUCUUCAAAUAAAUUGUUAACAGUUUGACCCGAAGAGUUCGAUUGACAAAGAUUUAUUACAUGGCUAACUCCGCUAGCGAGCAAGAUGAACUAAAUUCUUUGCUGUGAUUGGCUACCCGAGCAGGCAAGAUGGCUCUUGACCGCUCGGAGUUGCAUGCCCGAUGUUUUCCGCAGGAAAAUGUGUUCUUUAAGCCAAAUAAUAAAUCCUUUAUUGGACCAAUUAAUGUAAACGGAUACGUAAAAUUAUUGCUCUUCGUUACAAGCAUUAUUUUAGUUCUACGAACAUGCAGAUUACAGACUAUCAACUAUUUAUUGUUGUUUUGAUGAAGUAUAUUUUUAUCAUCCAAUCAGGCACUUUAUCCAAUGAAACCGCUGGUUAUCGAGCUUGCAGAUGCCUCCGCGGGUAUUACCGGCUGGAUCGUUUUGGACCCUGUUUAGCGUGUCCAUCAUAUGGUAUAAACUGUGCUAAAGAUGUGGCAAUACUGGCGCCGAAUUAUUUUUGGAACUGGACCGAACCUGCUACGAAACUGUUGUACAAGCGCUUUGUGGACAACAUCUACACUUUGGACCCUGAAUACAACAAAACCUUCUCUAAAUUUACAGAUUCACUGCCGAAGCCCUUAAAAUGUCCACGUGUUGCCUCUUGCAUGGGAGGAAUUGACUCUCAAUGUAAUGAAGGGUACCAAGGGACUCUAUGUGCCACUUGCACUAAUGACCAUUAUCUUCGAUUCAAUGCCUGUUUGAAAUGUCCAAGGAUGUCUAUCACUCUACUCUCUUCCCUUGGAGUGAUUGCCCUUUUUGUCGUGGUCUUUAUGAUGGUUCUGUGGGGAGACUCACAGGCCACAGAAAACAGUCGUACUAUCGCAGACGUCAUUAUGUCGUGCUUUAAGAUUGUGAUUGGAUUUUAUCAAGUUGUUUCAGGCAUUUUCUCUGCAUUGGUGAGAGCUCACUGGCCGGCAGCUUUGAUUUCCGUGGAAAGAUUUCUCAACGUAUUUCAAGGAAACGUUUUCCAGUUUGCUCCAUUAAGUUGCAUCCUUCCUGGAUUACGCCUAGACCAAUUUCAAAAAUUCUCCGCGGUCCUUUCUGUGAACGUUUUAGUUGUUCUCUUAAUUCUUCUGUACCUCCUCCUGAAACUACGUUACAUCAAAGGACGACAAGAUUGCCCACACAGUGAAAAAUCACAAGCAAUGUCUGCUGUAAAGAAGUCAUGCUUUCGAAACAUUUUCCUGUUUCUACUGGCUUUAUACCCAAUAACAAGUAACACAAUUACUCGCAUUCUACCCCUACCUGGCUCAUGCGUGGAGAUAUGUUUCACAGAUGACAAGAAUGAUUGCACUUACCUCCUAAUGGCUGACUACUCCAUCAAGUGCUUCACUCCCCGCCACAGAAUGUACCGGUCCAUCGCUGUCGUCUGUGCCAUAUAUCCUGUGGGAUUUCCUCUCGUGAUGUUAUGGCUCAUCUACAAAUUUCGUGAUUCAAGUGCUGGAGAAAACAUUUCGUUUGGAUUGAGAGUGUUCUUUGAAAGUUACAAGGAAAAGUUUUGGUUCUGGGAGAUAAUAGAGAUGUACCGUAAGCUGAUAUUGACCUCGUUAGUACUCUUCUUUGGAUCUGACAACCUUUCGCAGAAUGGUUUUACCGUGGUGAUGGUAAGCACAUUUGGAGUGGCCUACACUUUCCUCCGGCCAAUAAAAGGCAAGUUUGAAGAUAGACUUCAAACGUUGGUGCUUUGGAUCAUCUUCUUUAAUGUCUGUCUGGGUACAAUGUAUACAAGUCGUGAUGCCAGCGAAGGUCACAAAGGAAGCGAGUCCAUCACUAUCAACGUCCUGUUUGUGCUCCUUAACAGCUCUGUGUUGUUAGUUGCUUUGGGUAAGCCAUACCGAAAAUGUAACUAUGAAACAUUUCCGUUCCAAUCAAAAGCGAGGUUGAUAGCUCAUGCAUUAAGUGACCACCCGGCAGUAUUUUCGUACUGACCCUAUCUGAUGGGAGGCUAGUUUAGCCAUCAACAACUGAUUUUUCCGCCAUUUCCACUCAGGCAUUCUGCUACGGCUAGCCCUAGCAAGGUUAUCCCUCAAAAUUUGCCCUCAAUUCCCUCACAAUUUACUCAUCAGUUAUGCAAUUUACACUCUUUAUAGACGAAGAAACAGUUGUGACUGGUAUGGCGUUCUCUAUGCAAGAACGCCGACCUUUCUACAGCACUUAGCCAAUUUUAACUUCAGAGUUCUGUUUUCGAAACUCGGUGUAGCCAGAAUACUUAAAAUUGGUCCUAUAUACUCAUUACCUCAGCUAAACGUAAUACCGGAUACACAUAGGUUCACAGAGGGUAACAGCAUCAUUGGUGAUUGAGCGACACUAAAAGCUACAGAGGUUCCUAUCCCUCGAAAUAACUACUUUCGCCCGGAUCAGAUGCUGAUGCACUGAGCUGAAUCAUUAAUAUCCAGUCAUAAAGUAGUCAGGCAAAGUUGUUAAACCAAGCAGAUCAUCUGUGAUUAGGUUAAUUCUCUCUAAUAUCACCGUAUCAAAGGGUUAUAUUACUUGUUUUUAUUUUCUAGGGAAGGGAUUUCUCCAUGUGAAGUUCUUCUGGAAGAAAAUUUAUUCAUGCCCAAAGAAAUGCUUCCAUUUUUGUCGUCGAGGAGUUAUGUAUCUUCAGAGAAAACUGGCCAGAAUCCGGGAUCGCUUAACGUUCUCGACCCAAACAACACAACCAUUUGGAACAGAUCCAAUCUUGAUUGAAAGUUUCUCUUAAAAAAAGCAAACAAUAAAAAAACGGAAAACAGAGGAACAGUGAUGGUGCGGAAGAUUACAGGGUGCUGAAAUGUUUCGUAAUUGUCACCGUCAGUUUAGGUCAUAGAGCGUUUUUCAUUUAAGUGUCGAUUGUAAUUUAGUUUUGCGUUACUACGCUACGCGAGUUGGUUUAACAAACUCAUGCCGCUCGCGUCAUCCAAUCAGAAGUAAAAUCAAAACCAAUCGAGCAGUGACAAGCCCGCACACGUUAAUUUUCCCGCGUUUCAGGUCAGUUACAGUCAUUUGCAUAGAGUUUUGAUUGGUUCACUGGAUUGCCUGCGUCCUUUGUGAUUGGCCAGAGUGGUUAAUGGGGCUUUGGUUUUACGUCUCUUGAUUGAAAACCGCUUUAGGUAAGAUGUGUGAUUAGUUUUAGGAAAAGUUUGACUUUCCAUUAUCAGGGCUUAGAUCAAUAGACGUAGGCGCUCAGCAGAUUAGGUAAUUAAAUAGUGACAACUACUUAGUGUCGAUACCAACAAGCUAUAUAUGCAUGAAUAACGAAAAAGCCAGAGUGUAAAGCAAGUCAUCGAGAACAAACUGUUAAAAACUAGUUAUUGCCACGUUAACAGUUUUCCUUUUGAAAGAAAAACUACUUACUCCGAGUCCGUGAAAAAGUUAUCUAUAAACUAAACUAAAGCCACCAUCGCCCAUCGAGUGUUCAGUUUAGCGGUUGACACUUAGACUCCGGGGGGUGGGGGUAAUGUACUUCCAUAUAUAAGUUAAGCUAUAUGAGUAGAUGCUGCUGUGAAGGGUAUGGUUUCCAAGCAGUUUAGUCUGGGAUAGGAUAUAGAAACCAGACAGUUUUGGUCCAGAAUAGAGUAUGAUUUACCGGAAAAGUGGUCAGUGUAUAAAUAAUUUACUCUGGAACAGAGUUCUUUACCCGGGGUUCUAUGGUAGAGAAAAUGACUUUGUAAGAUAUUGUUUUAGCCAGCAUUUGUUAGCUUAUGUUGGACUGCACUUUAUGAUACUGAUUAAUAAGUUUUUGCAUUGAAAUUAGCUAAUCUGGGAUAGGGUAGGGGAUUUUGGUGCCUAGUCUAGAAUAGGGUUGCAAAAUCAAGCAGAUCGUUGUCUAGUAUAGGGUAAGGUUUCAGCCUUUCAGGGUCCCAGCGCCACACCCAUACGAUAAAGGCGACAACUGUGAUGACGUAUCAGUUAACGGGUAACAGUUAAGUAAUCUUAACAAAAACUAAUAAAACUUGGCUUAGUAUAAAUUAUGUCUUGAUCUGUCUUAUCUGAUAUAUCGGUCAACCUUAGCAUCACCAAAACAGCGUAUAAUUGGAUGCAAUUUUCUGUCCUUUUCAUUGGCUGAGAGCUCAUCACGUGACCUACAACACAAUGCCCAGAAGAAUGGUCUAUGGGCUCUCCUCUGCAUUCUCACGGUCACCCGACUCCAGCAUGCACACUAACGUCAGUAAA